AUGGUGAAUGAUUUGAAAACUAAGCGUAAAGAUGGCAAUGUGGGUCUUAAGCUGGAUAUUACUCAGGCUUUUUACAUGGUUAGCUGGUCUUUUGUCUUAGAGGUGUUUCGAAGCUCGGCUCGUAUAUCUAUUCUUCUCAAUGGAAGUCCAGAGGGUUUUUUCAAGAUAAAUAGAGGAUUGCGGCAAGGUGACCCUUUGUCUCCUCUUAUUUUUGUGUUAAUUGAAGAUGUUCUCAGUAGAAAUCUCACCAAACUUUUUAUUGAGAAGAAAAUGACUCCAAUGCUCUCGAAAAAAAGUUUGUCUCAAAAGAGUAAGAUUUAUUAUGGUGGUGGAACCUUGAGUCGUAGUAGAACUAUCACGGAUUUACUUGGCAUGGAAGUCUCUACUUUCCCGGACAGGUAUUUAGGGGAUCAAAUUAUGCCCGGUGCUGUAAAAUAUCAUCACAUUAGCAAUGUUGUUGAUAAGAUUAAAAAUCAUCUCUCUGUUUGGAAAAGAAAAAUGCUUUCUUUUCAAGAUCGUGUUGUUCUUAUUAAUUUUGUGAUUGCUAGUUAUGCAAUUCACAAUAUGGUUGUCUAUAAGUGGCCUAGAGAAUUUGUUAUGCAAUGUGAAAGAGCCAUCCGUAAUUUUCUUUGGUCUGGGGAUUCAUAA